AUGGACAACAUCGACGAGGAAUAUGACCGGUUUGUUGAACACCUUCACGACUGCGCGAAGAAGGCCGAGAGUUUUAAAACCACCAAGAGACGCCUGUCUCUUGAACCUCUUGAGCUGAUACGCCAGAGUGGAGCAGCACGAGCCGCAGGGAACCAAGAACUCACGUCCGAGCUCGCAAGGCUUUGCAGAGAGGCGAUAAAGGAAGACCUUAAAGAGAGAAGAGCAGAAGUGCUGGCUGAAGCUGCAGAGGCGGGGAAAAGUAUCCGCUAUGCCCGUCGAGACUUCGCCAGUCGCAAGACGCUCUCCGAAACCCAAAGGGAACAGCCAUUGCAUCGAGAAGGGGGAUGGAGAAAAUCAUCUGCGACUUCUACUCUGAUCUCUUCAACAGCCAUGUCCACUUGCCUCCUCACCAUCUGA